GAAAGGAGGGGGGCACAGAGGAAGAGAGAGAGAGAGUAAGAGAAAAGAGGGAGAGAGGAAUUCAGUUCUAUUUAAAUGGGAAUCCAAAGCGCACAGAGGAAAAGGGACCAAGAGUGAGAAACAACAAAAAAAGUGGAGACAGGUUUCAUUUACGCACGGAAAAAAAAACUGAGACAUAGUGUAAGAAAGAAAAGGGGAAUAGAAGAAAAGAGGAAUAGGAUUUUUUUUUCUCUAAAUGUGUGUUUUUGCACUCUCAUGACUCAAAGAGGAUUCCAGUUAAAUUCACCCGGUCGGGAGGAAUUGAUGGUGUCCUGUUGGGGAGGCAGAGCCGAGGGGAGGAAUCUGAAUGCGCUCGGCUGAACCAUGCCAGCUUUGUGGAUCAUAACUUUGGCGAUCACUUUAAACCAAGUGUGGUGUGUUCGUUUCUCCCAAGAGCCCGCGGACCAGUCAGUGGUGCUGGGAGAACGGGUGGUGCUGUCCUGUGUCGUCUUCAACUACAGCGGCAUCGUCCAGUGGACCAAGGAUGGCCUGGCACUCGGCAUUGGAGAGGGUCUUCGAGCAUGGCCCAGGUAUCGUAUCCUGCGUUCUCUUGACAUCGGCCAGUACAACUUGGAGAUCUCCAACGCCGAGCUUUCUGAUGACUCUCUCUACGAGUGUCAGGCCACAGAGGCCGCCUUGCGCUCCAGGAGGGCCAAGCUCAAUGUACUCAUCCCCCCUGAGGACCCAGUGGUCGAGGGAGCCCCCGAGCUCUUGCUGAUGGCUGGUACUUCACACAACCUGACCUGUGUGACUCGUGGGGCCAAACCUGCGGCGCACAUCCAGUGGACCAAGAAUGGCCUUCCUGUGGAGGGGGCCUACCACUCCACGGAAGUGCUGCCAGACAGGAAAAGGGUUACGACCAGGAGCUACCUGCCCAUCACACCAGUCGACACGGACAGUGGCAGCAAUUUCACCUGUGUGGCCAGCAAUCCAGCUGUACCUAUGGGGAAACGAACCACCCUAACCCUCAAUGUUCACCACCCUCCCACUGUGACCCUGUCCAUCGAGCCUCGCUCUGUCCUUGAGGGAGAGAGGGUUACCUUUACCUGUCAGGCCACUGCCAACCCUCCUAUCAUGGGCUACAGGUGGGCUAAAGGUGGCGUGCUGCUGGAGGGAGCCAGAGAAAGCGUGUUUGUCACCACCGCAGAUCACUCGUUCUUCACCGAGCCCGUGUCCUGUCAGGUGUUUAACGCCGUGGGAAGCACUAACGUCAGCAUCCUUGUGGACGUACACUUUGGCCCCAUACUGGUAGUGGAGCCCAGGCCGGUUACAGUGGAUGUGGAUGCAGACGUCACUCUGAACUGCAAGUGGUCUGGAAACCCUCCUCUCACCCUCACCUGGACUAAAAAGGGUUCCAGCAUGGUGUUAAGCAACAACAACCAACUGCAUCUGAAGUCAGUGAGCCAGGCUGAUGCAGGCCAGUAUGUCUGCAAGGCCAUCGUGCCCCGAAUUGGCGUGGGAGAGACCGAGGUUACGCUCACUGUCAACGGCCCCCCUAUCAUCUCCAGUGAUCCAGUUCAGUACGCUGUCAGAGGGGAGAGAGGGGAGAUCAAGUGUUACAUCGCCAGCACCCCUCCACCUGAUAAGAUUGUUUGGGCGUGGAAGGAAAACGUCUGGGAAAAAGAGAAAGGCACACUAAUGGAGAGGUACACAGUGGAGCAGAGUAAACCUCCAUCUCAAGGCGGGGCUGUUCUCUCCACCCUGACCAUCAACAAUGUCAUGGAGUCAGACUUCCACUCCCCGUACAACUGCACUGCCUGGAACUCCUUCGGACCUGGCACCAUGAUUAUCACACUGGAGGAGAAAGAUAUUGUUCCAGUGGGAAUUAUCGCUGGUGGCACGUUGGUCUCCUCCUUUCUGCUGCUUAUUUUUCUACUGCCGCUCGCCUUCUUCCUGUACCGCCAACGCAAAGGCAGUCGAAGGGGUGUCACCCUCGGUAAACCAGACAUCAAGGUAGAGACGGUGAACAAAGAGACCCACAGCCUGGAGGAGGAGGCAGCCAACGUCUCCACAGCAACCCGGAUGGUCAAGGCCAUGUACUCCUUUCUGCCCUCUGUUUCCCUCUCUCCCUCCACUCAGCCAUUCAAAGAUGACAUGGACCUGAAGCAGGACGUCAGAAGCGAGAGCGACACCCGGGAGGAGUACGAGCUCAAGGAUCCAACCAAUGGCUACUACAAUGUCCGUGCUACAACCCAUGAUGAGGCGCGCCCCCAGUCCCGGGUCGUCCACUACCAGGGAGAGUUUCGCUCUCCAAACCCAAGCAGCGGACCAGCAGGAGCCACUUCCAGCGGACCCUCUGCUUCUGCCAGCGGUGCAGUUCCCCCCAGUGCGGUGCCGGGCUCAAGAGCUGGCUGCUACGACCCUCGUCCACCUUCCAGGAUGUCCCAUUCUACUUAUGCCCAAUUCAACACAUUCUCCAGGGCAGCACAAAGCCAGCAAGCCCCUGCUAAUCCAGCUCUUCAGUCACCCGGAGAAUACCCUGGAGACUGCGGCCUGCUGGACAGCUCCACCCAACUGGCUUACGACAACUACGGAUACCCUUCCCAGUAUCCCAGCUACCGCAUGGGCUUUGCUCCACCCAUAGAGGAAGGGCCAGCCUAUGAGAUGUACCCAACGGGACAAGGGACAGGUCCAGGGCCAGGUCCAGGACCGGGACCAGGACCGGGACCAGGACCGGGACCGGGGCCAGGACCAGGACCAGGACCACAAAGUCCUGAAACGGGGCUGGGAAAGUAUGGAAGCUCCACUCGCUUCUCAUACUCAUCUCCACCUUCUGACUAUUCCCAGAGACACACACAACGGAUGCAGACUCAUGUGUGAGAAAGAGGUAUACAGGCUUUUGGAUUUGCUUUUUGCAGGAGCAGUACUUAUUACACAGAAACAUAAAAAAAAUCUUUGAAAUUUUCAAAAAAUGCCCUCAUAUCUAUACAUGAACACCUAAGAAUCUGUUUUCUGUUUUCAUCCUAACCACUGCAUGGUAUUCGGCUAAAUUUCCGAGUUGAUAAAACACCCAGCAGUUAGCAGCAUCGCAUAUCGUACGGUUCACAGCAAUACAUGCAACACAUGCACAGCGAUAUUCAUACACAUCUAAGAAGAUCUUCUGUCUGCAAUGUUUAUGCUCCAAUAAAAACAACAGCGAGAGCCACAAUCAAGAGAAAACAGACAAAAAGACAAGAAGAGCACUAUGAAGACAUGAUGAAGAAGAGGAGCUUAGAGGAUGCCGAGUGAUCCUUUCUCUUCCAGCAAUUCUCAUCUUGCUCUUGGACCGUUUUCUUCCAUCACAUGGUCCUGCCGCCCCAUCUCUGUAAAUAACCGCACAUGGAGAUUAGGGUCAUUUUAAAGAUGUUUCCUUGUACAAAACUAUACAUUGUGAUGCAGUACAGUGACCUACAGCAAACCCCUCUGCUAGUCACAUGUUUUACAUUUAGUGACUCUAACAAAUUGCAGAACACACACGUGCAGACACACACACACACAGAUCUCUACAAGCCUAUUUGUUUCUAUGUAUUGCAUCAAUGGGGCAGCUUGGACUAAUAGUAUAUGUGGCACUUUUUGACUCCCCUUUCCUCACUAAAACUCACCCAAUUGCCAUUCCUUACAAGAUCUACCUUGAUUUAAAUGAGACAAAGCUUCUUAAGGUGAGUGACCAGAGUGCCAAUGCUUAUGUGCCAACACAUACGAACUAUUAAGACGUGUCUUCUUUUUGUAAAGCGUGGACAAUGAGGUGCUCUGGAUGAUGAGAUUUUGUACAUGCCACAUCUAAGAUGACCGGAGCGGUAGCAAGCGUUUCUAUGCUCCUUCACCCCAUCUUUCAUUUUUAUCAUCAUGAUGCAUUUCUAUACAUUUCACUCAAGGUCAAUGCUAUAAAUGGUUUUUGUGAAAUGAGGUGGGAGUGCUUUUUCAUUAAAUGAAUUUCUGCAAUUUGUACAAAAAGAUACCUCCCCUAUCCUCAGUGUCAAAAACGUAUGUGUUUCUAUCACUUGCACAGUAGAAUAGAUUUUUUUCCCAUAUUUAUACGGACCGGUAUUGAAAAAAAAAAAAAAA